AGGUACAUCAUAAGUGUUCUUCGCUAUCUACAUGCGAUGUUGUUGGCAUCUCAGCUCUCUCACACCAACAAGGCGCAGCCAAAAGUAAAUUGUCAAAACUUCAAGUUUGUUAUCGAUGAGCAUGUCGUCUAUAAUCACAUUCUUGAGGGUUACGUGUUUCAAAGAUUAACAGUCCACAGCGCCACCCAGUGUCACAUGAAGUGCAAAGAUGACUGCCUGUGUGUAUCCAUGAAUUAUUUCCCACUGUCCAAAGAAAAUAACUGCGAGCUCAACGAUGCUAACAAAGACAUGGAGCCAGCGGCGAUGAAAUGGAGUGAACGAGGAAAUUAUUAUGAUUUGAUGAGAAGCUACACGGUGAAGGUGGGAGAUAGAAUCGUUUGUUGUUGAUAGAAUUGUCUUAGUUUUUCUUCUCACUUACAUCUUUAUCACAACAUAGCACGCGUGCAAGGCCUACCUAUAUCCUAAGGGAGGUACCGUAAUAAAAAUCCUUGUUAUCUACCUAGACUUUCACUCAACAAACGAGGACUGUAAUUGGUUAAUUCUUAGUCACAUGCCCCUGAUAAAAUUCAGAUGUAUCCCGACCGGGAUACAAUUGCGUAGUUGUUGCCCGCGCGCCGAAUACAACAGCAUGUUUUUGCCAAAUGAUUGUCUGAUGGAAAGUCUAAUUAUAUAACAAAAUACUUAAUGUAUAUUUAGUGCUCGUCAUUGCAUCCAUAACAUGAAGUGUGAAGUUUCACUUCGCCUAAAAAAUCCCGUCUAGUUUAGCCCCGAGAAUUCAAAACUAUCACUGAAGAUUGUUUUUCCGUUCUAUCCCGAUUGAGAUAGACCUUUGUGGCUCAAAAGGAAAACAAAAUAUGCUGAAUAAGACUCGUUUCGAAAAAAACGAUGAGCAAGUAGCUCUUCGAGCGACGUAAUUAGUUUCAGAGUUGACAAUAUUUUAUUUACAAACGCGAUGAGAAUUAUGGCUGGAAACAGAACUGAGUUUUCUGACUUCAACUGAGACUUUGCGACGCUGGGGACUCUUCUUUAGAGCGGAAAAUAUUAUUGUGAAGCAUUGACAUGUACCAAAGUUUUGUUCAAUGGAAUAUUUUGUUUUAGAAAUCGUACGAUUUUCAGAGUUUUUAGUUCAAAGCUAAGCAAUUUUCGGGUAGUAAAUUUUAGUAAACAGCGGCAUCUCAAGCAGCGUAAAUCUACCACACGUAUCUCGUAAAUGCGAGAAAUUUAUAGGCUUUUACUUCGUGUUUUGAACGGUUGAUAUCAGUUCUAAGUGUUGAUAUAUCCUAAAAGUAUUGUUAAAUAGCAGAUUUUAAUUUUAUUUAAAACCGUACAAUUUCAGAAUUCUCAAAAUCUCUAACAGAAACAUGCGCAAAUUUCUGGCGUUGAAUUCUGGUAAACAACGAUUGAAGCGUGUUGAAUGCAAGAAAUUCGUUCGUUUCUGCUUUUGAGCAGAAAAUUUACAAUUCUUUGAAUAAAGAUUUGGUCUCAAAAUAUUUCUUGGUCAUUUUUACCUUGUCAUUUAUUCAUAGUUUUUGGGUAGAAAACGAUUACCAAGUUAAUCAGACAAAGUUGUAAUGAACUCUUUUUUUUCGAGCACAAAUUGCAUGCUAUUUUAUAACGAAAUUUGUUCACGCUUUAACUAUACCUAGAGUUUUGGAUGCACUUGGGAGUUUGAAGAGCACUCAAGCAACCCUUACGCUUCUCUCGUGCUCUUAAAACCUAGUUCCCGCGUGCAUCCUUAAUUUGAUAUACGCAAGCUAAGACCAAUUCUUUUUUGUACGUCCCCCCUCCCAUAUAUUUAUUUCCGAAUAUCUGCACCGCUUGACUUUACCUUAAGCAAGGAAUAGUUUUAGGGAAAAAAGGUUCAUUUUUAAUUAGGGUGGAGGAAGCUACAUUCCAGGGAUACAUCGUUGCGUUAAUAGAUGCUGCAACCAGAAUCCCUGCCUCAACGGGGGGGUAUGUCAGGAGAUUUGUAACAAUCGCAGCCCCGGGUUUAACUGCACCUGUUCUUACAAAUACACCGGUAAGCGUUGUGGUCACGCUACACAUCCAAGAAACUGCAAAGACAUCGCUGACAACGGAGCCUCACAAUCAGGAAAAUACAAUAUUUUUGAUUCAGCCAAUAAACCGUUUUCUGUUUACUGUGACUUGCAGUCAGAACCUGGCUUUGUAUGGGCAUUGAUACAGUCGUUCUCCAUCGCCAAUAAGGCCACAUAUAAGAAUAAGGGGUUUGGCACGGAUUUUCCUGUGAAUGACAAUAACAAUGAACCGGAAUGGAACUCUUACCGCCUUUCCUUAUCACAUAUGCAGUCUCUCUCAAAUCACUCCACACAUCUGAGAGUAACAUGCAACUUACCUGCAGAUGGCCUGCAGUAUACGGACUACGCACGCGCAGUUCUGGCAGGUCAUGACAUAUUCGGUGACUGGGGUGGAGAUUGCAUACUGUUUGAGUAUAUUAACAUCCGUGGAAUUCACUGUUCUGGUUGCACCGCCUACACGAGAAUGGAUCUUAAUGGUGCUUGGUUCGUGAACAGUUUCAAAAGCAAGGAAAACGGAUGCGAUUUUGAUGGGUCACCAGGAGCAGUUGACAACGAAAAUAAUUUUGGACGGUAUCGUUCCGGAGCAAUAAAUACGAAUCACCGCUGCUCCUCUUCGGAUCCUUCUACAACGCAAUACUGGUUUGGGGUUAAACAUGAAUAG